AUGAGCUGGGCCGGCUUGUCCCAUAAAAAGGCCACCUGCCCAGGCUCGCUGGCUCGCGCGGCUUUGCUACUGCAGACCACCGAACUGCACAACAGUUACACGUGGCUGUGGAGUGCGGAAGCCAUUUGGCCGACCCGGAGACGAAGCAGAACGAUCGUCGCAUCCGCCGUCUCCGCCCUUGUCUUCUGCUUCGUUCGCGGCGCCUUCGUCCGUACCGGAGGCAACUCCGCCGCGGUGCGGGCGCGUGGCGGUGGUGGGGGAAACGAGCGCGCGCCGGCCGGACGCGGGGAUGCUGGGGCCACGAGAGGCCGAGAGAGGAAACGCCAUUUCCCGUGUUGGUGGGCCUCGGAGUUUGAAGUCGCAACCGAAAUGGAGACGGAGCCGUGGAGGUGGCGGUGGCGGUCGACCACUUUGUACAUAGACGACUUCAUUUUCUACUGGAAAUUUUACUCGAGGUUUGCCGCAUUCCCUGUUUGUCAUGGCAACUGCAGUAGAUGAUAUCUUUCCCACUGGUGCAACACG